AGCAUCCUGUAAUUAUUUACAGCCAUGAUCUAUAACUGAAGUCUUCUAAAUGAUGAAAACCAAAGAAAUUGAAAAGAUUUCAUUUUUUAAUUUUUAUGCAUAACAAGAAGUUUCAGUAGGCAUGGAGAUUUCGUACCACUCAAUUGGUCUGUGUUGUGCUUUUGUGUUACUGAUAUACACAUGGAGGUUGCUGAAUUGGGUUUGGUUUACGCCAAAGAAGAUGGAAAAGUUGCUGAGAAAGCAAGGUCUCAAAGGAAACUCCUACAGAUUCCUCUGUGGUGAUUUGAAAGAUUUGACAAGUAUGAUACAAAAAGCCAAUUCAAAACCAAUCAAUCUUUCAGAUGAUAUCAAGCCAAGAGUCAUUCCCUUAAUCCUCAAAACACUACAGGAAUAUGGUACCAAUUCCUUCAUAUGGCUUGGGCCAAGAUCAUCGGUUAUAGUCACGGAUCCGGAACUUGUAAAGGAUGUCCUAACUAAAAAUUAUAUAUACCAGAAAGCAAAAAACAUAAAUCCACUGACCAAACUGCUUGCACAAGGAUUAGUGAGCUAUGAUGCAGAUAAAUGGGACAAACACAGAAAAAUUAUCAACCCUGCUUUCUAUUUGGAGAAGUUGAAGCUUAUGAUUCCAGCUUUUUAUUUGAGUUCUGAUGAUAUUUUGAGCAAAUGGGAACAGAGUCUGUCUCCUGGAGGAUCAGGCGAAUUGGAUGUGUGGCCUUAUCUACGAAAUUUAACUAGUGAUGCAAUAUCAAGAACGUCAUUUGGUAGUAGCUACCAAGAAGGAAAAAGGAUAUUUGAACUUCAGAGAGAACAGGCUGAACACUUCACUGAGGCUGCCCAGUCGAUCUAUAUUCCUGGAUGGAGGUUUGUGCCGACUAAGAAGAACAAAAGAAUGAAGGAAAUUGGAAAGGAAGUUCAAGCAUCAAUCAGAGAUAUUAUAAAUAGAAGACUGAAGGCAAUGGAAGUGGGCGGAGCACGUAAUGAUGAUUUGCUGGGCAUAUUGUUGGAAUCCAAUUUAGAAGAAAUCAAACAACGUGGAAACAAGAGUUUUGGAAUGAGUAUAGAUGAGGUCAUAGAAGAAUGCAAGCUGUUCUAUUUUGCUGGACAGGAGACAACUUCUGCAUUGCUAGCAUGGACGUUGGUUCUAUUGAGUACACAUUCAAACUGGCAGAUACGUGCUAGAGAAGAGGUCUUGCAAGUAUUUGGUAGUAAAAAGCCAGAUUUUGAUGGGUUAAGUCACCUGAAAAUCGUUACCAUGAUUUUAUAUGAGGUCCUACGACUAUAUCCACCACUAGUCGCUCUUCGUCGAAGAGUUCACGAAGAAACAAGAUUGGGGAAACUAUUGCUCCCAGCUGGGACACAGCUUUUACUACAAACAAUCUUAUUACAUCAUGACCUCGAAAUCUGGGGAGAGGAUGCAAUGGAGUUCAAACCAGAGAGAUUUAGUGAAGGAGUGUCAAAAGCAAUGAAGAAACAAGGCUUAUAUUUUCCAUUUGGAUGGGGACCUCGGAUAUGUAUUGGACAAACCUUCGCCAUAAUAGAGGCAAAAAUGGUGAUGGCCAUGAUUCUACAACACUUCUCUUUCGAGCUCUCACCAUCCUAUACUCAUGCUCCUCAUACGGUUGUAACUCUUCAACCUGAGCACGGGGCUCACCUAAUUCUACACAGGAUAUAGCUUGGACAACUUGCUUAUGUCUAGACUAUAAUAACUGGGGCCGGUAUGGCCAUGUUAUUUUUAUGUGUGUGUUUUUGUAACAUUUUAAAAAUUUAGUGUUAAUGGGUUCGAUCCAUUUCAGAAGGUGGAAAGAUUUUCUAAA